AAGAUGAGAUUGACAGUCGAGGAGGCGGGGCGGGUGCUCUCAGCUGACCCAAGGUGGUGUGUCUGUGAGUGUGUGUAUGUGUGUCCAGGCCGCCUCGCAUCACCCACACCACAGCACGCCUCCUCACGCCAACUCCAACAGAGAAGUGGGUGUUAGAAGGGGUGGAGAAGCUGGCCAGUCCUGCGAGAAGCUUGGCUAGGGUGGUGGUGGUGGUGGUGAAAGCCCAGUGUGAGGCACCAUGGAGGUGGGGGAGGGGGAGGUCCUGGAGGGGUUCCUGUGUCCCGUGUGCCGCCAAGAUUGCUCCUCGGUGACCCGCCUCCAGGCGCACUUUGAAGAGCGGCACAGUGCUGAGGACCAUGUGGUGCUGCAGUCCUUCAAGGGCUUCCUCAACAAGGCUAAGAAGAAGUUUCUAAAUGAGGAUGAGCCAGAUGGGGGUUCCCUGCGGCCCCGGUCCCUGCUCACUUCCCUCAGUCCCUCCCGUGGCUUGGAGGAUGACGGAGAUGCACUGCAGGAAUACCAGCCCAAUAACCCCUGGAAUUGGGAUCCUCCACCCCCAGGACCCUGGAGGAACCACACCAGUCACUUCAAACGGGUGCGCAGUGCGAGGAUCGACUCCUUUGUGGCUGAAACCAACAAGCUUCUGAUCCGACUUGACAAGCUCCUCACAGACCUUCCCACAGACCCAGUCAAGAGGAAAGCUCAUGAACGUUCCAUUGUGAACUGGGCUGAGGAUCAGGAUGUGCCUCUGUGCCCCUUCUGCGCCCGCUCCUUCAGCCUGGCCCGGCGCCGCCACCACUGCCGCCUAUGUGGGGGCAUCAUGUGCCAGGAAUGCUCCCUCAUGCUCACAUUGCAAUAUGCCAAGAAGCUUGUGACCCCCAUUCACCAGGGAGGGGGCACAGAGGAGCCUUCCACAGUGGUAGGGGGCAGCAGCAGCAGUGGUGGUGGUGGUGGUGGUGGUGGUGGCAUGGGGUCCCUGCUUGCCGGGCUGAAGAGGUCAGGCUCCCAAGGCUCUCUCAACUCCAUCCUCUCUGUGGUGGACUCCAUGAAGACAGAGCAGCACUUCAGGGCCUGUGCACACUGCAUGGGGAGACUCAAUGCAAGAGACAAUCAGGUGGAGCAGCGCACGUCCCGACCAAUACUCACCAUGUACUAUGACAAGCUGAUGGAAUACCGGCACCAAAUGGAGGACCUUCUGCCACAGUACAUGCGCAUGGCAGAGUCACUCAGGUCUGGGGAGAGCACAUACUCGCUUCGUGAUGCAGAGGAGGUGCGGGUGAAGCUGUUGAAGAAAGGGGACAGUCUCAAUUCCAUGGCCAGUCGGAUCAAGAAUCUGGGCGCCAAUGAGGAUGGCAGGGAACCUCCCGGGCCCCGCCAGGAGCUACUGUUACGCAGGAUCCAAUCCACCACAUCCUCCUUCCUGAAGGAGAACGUCCUCUCUCUACCAAAGCUUCCCACACAACAGGAGCUGAAGGAACUGCAGGAGAGGAGAAGGAUGGAGGCAGAGGCACGUUUGGCAGCAGAGAAGGAGGCAACGAGGCAGGCCGAGGCAAAGGCUGCAGAGAUACUGAGAAAGAGGGACAGAGACUCACCCCGCUCUAACCAUUCCCGCAGCUCUCCCCACCACCCUGUCCCACCCACCCUCAGGAAACAGCCCACGGAAGAGGUUGUGGUAGACACUGGCUGGGGUGCCGACUCCUCAGCUCAUAAUGUGACCGAGACAGAUGACCCGCUGAUCCAACAGAUGAACAUUAUUAGGAACUACAUCAAGCAGGCCAGGGAGUCCAGUCGCUAUGACAACAUUCCACUGCUGGAGGCCAACCUGAGGGAGCUGCAGGAGGAAUACAAGAAACAGCAGCGCCUCAUGAAUCCAUAGCACCACCUUCACCAUGGCUCCUCUUCCACCUCCUCUUCCUCUUCCUCAUCCUCCUCUUCCUCUUCCUCUUCCUCAUCAUCUACAUCGUCCUCCUCCACCUCCUCUGCUUCCUCAUCUUCCUCAGUCUCCUCCACUGCCUUCUGUUCCUCCUCCCUGUAGAAUACUCAUGCAGUCAGUCGUUGCAAGGUGACAGGACAGGGUACAACACAGGACACUUCAGGUUCUUUACAGGCUUCCAAGCAAGAAUGGAGCUAAGCUAGCAUUUCCUCCUCUACCUCCUCUCCUUGCCACUGCCGUCACCUCUUCCUCUCCCUCCUUGUUUGUGUAGUGUUGAAAGGAGGUUAGUUCUCAUUGCGGAGCCUUUUUCAAGAAAGGGAUUUUUGCUACUUUGCUACUCCACCUCCAUCGUGGUGGUAUAGUACUAAUUCACUCAUUGAUGUUUGGGAAGCUUCUAGCUUGUGAUUAUUGUGCACAUCUGAAGAAAGGUGGAAGUGUGUGUGUGUGUGUGUGUGUGUGUGUGUGUGUGUGUGUGUGUGUGUGUGUGUGUGUGUGUGUGUUACAGCAGACAAGGACCAAAGACUUGAAGAGCUGAGGCAAUUUGCCUCCUGGCCACACUGCAAACCUGUUGUGUCUGUUCCAUGAUGAACAAUGCCAGUUGCUUUUGUUUGACCUUACAGUUCACACUAACACUAUGUAGAGUGUUUUGAUAUCUUCACCUGCCAGGUUGAGGAGAACACACUGUGCACACCACGUGCAGCUGAGAGAGGAACUAGGGAGGAUCGUUCCUGUGUAUUUGAUGGCUAAUCCUUAUUAUUAUUCUGGUUGUUGAGAGUGUGAUAACUCACUCAGAAACAUUUCUAUGAAGUAUGAUGAUGUCAGCCUUACCAGUCAUUACUGCCCGUACUGAAGUGUUUUGAUAAACAUUCCAAAAUUGACCACUGAUCCGAGUGAGUGUCUCCGCCACGAAUAGUGCAGUGGCUCACCAUCCAUUGUGUCCGUCUGCUUCCUGCACCAGCCACUCACUCCAGCAUGAUGGGUCACUUUCUCUCACUUAUCACUCUCUGCUCAAUAAAUCCCACACAGGAACAAAGCACUUGUACCUAAGUGGUGAAGCAAAAGACAAAACUUUAAGCUUACUAUUUCACUUAAUUCAUCAUCAUUUGUAACCUUAAGAGAAUCAUUGAUUUUGUGGUUUUAACAUGUACACAUUCAUGCCAGGGUUGUGUGAAUGAUAUACUUGUACAGUCAUCCCCAUCGUUCAUCCAUUACAUAUAGAGAAUCGGUCAAGUCACCACACAUACCAACAAACAUUUGCAUCCUAUUUACACAUAAUACUUUUCACUGGCUAAGGGAGUUAUGUAGUAGUAAUUGAACACUGAGAGGCAGGAAGACAGUUGUGUUGAGUUGUGUUGUGGGGAGGCAAUGGUUAGGCCUUGUGGUACCUGAGGGACAGGUGGAGGUGUGCCUGGCCUGGCCCUCCUCAGGCUACUUGUAAGAGCAGAUAACACUUUUAUUGUUGUUCCUUUAUUUUGUUUCUCUUGUUUUUUUACCGUUGUUUUCCUUUCAUUCUGCAUUAUUUUCAGUUUAUGUUGUGAAUUCUGUUUUCAUCUUUUGAUAUACUUUUUAUUUCUUUUCUUUAUCAGUUCUCAUCUUUCCCUUUCCUUUGCUGUAAUCAUGGAGUGGCCAAGCAGUAAGGAAGUAAGACAAGACCUGACUCGUACCAAACUCCUCCCAUCAUGUGGUGCCACUCCUCUCUGCCAUGCAGGAAAUAAUGCAGUGUCAUGCUUCUCAGCUGUGUGUGCCACUCCAGGCCCUGCUAAGACUAAUGCCUCAUCCCUGUGCCACCCCCUACACCUCCCUCCACAGAUAACCCUGCUUGUAUACACUGGACCCGCACAAGACAAGACUCUUCACUCUGGCUAAACCUACAGCUAACAUCACUUUCAAAGGACCGUGAUUUACCUGCACACUUGUGGCAUCCCAGUGUUUCAGGUGAUGUUGCCAAAGUGAGCCAGUCUGUCAUGUUUGACGUCGAACGAAGACAGACAUAUGACCAAGGGAAAAUGCGAGAAGCCAGGCGAGACAACAGCAGCGUGACAAAAAUUUCCUUUGACGUGGGGGUGUGCGAAGGACCAGCAGCAGCACCACCACCACCACCACCAGAGACUGGCAGAACUCGACUAGGAGUGAUAGGACCUGCAUGUCAAAAAAAGAAAAGACCAACUCUGAGGAUACAGCAAUAUUUCACAAUCUCAUGUUAACAUAUUAGCAACUGGAACUUAUUUUCUUGCACUUUUGCGAAAGAAACUUAGCUGUCAGCUCGGAAUGGAAAGGACGGUCCUAGCUAGGUAGGACUAUAGGAUUUUUUUUUUCGAACGCAUUAAUUAAUCAUUUGCGAAUCUUUUACCAAUAAAGGGUUAUACUGUCA